CACAGUGUUUCAAUGACUUCAACUUCAUCUUACUCCUUGCCUUGCUCCUCCUAUGACAAGAUCUUCAUGAAUAACCAAAGUAGCCAAUGUGGAAAUGACUCAUCAGAGACACCAAAUGCUACCAUCUGCCCUAUGAAUGAACAAUUAUUGUCUGUUGUUUUAACAAUUUUCUACUCCAUUAUUUUUAUUGUGGGACUUGUUGGAAACAUUAUAGCUCUUUAUGUAUUUUUGGGAAUCCAUCGUAAAAGAAAUUCUAUUCAGAUUUACCUGCUUAACGUAGCCAUUGCAGAUCUCCUACUCAUCUUUUGCCUCCCCUUCCGAAUAUUGUAUCAUGUUAACAAAAACAUCUGGACACUGGGUGUAAUUUUCUGCAAGAUAGUGGGAACACUAUUCUACAUGAAUAUGUAUAUUAGCAUUAUUCUUUUGGGUUUGAUCAGUUUGGAUCGCUAUAUAAAAAUUAAUCGGUCUAUCCACCAGCCAAAAGCUUUAACAACCAAGCAAAGCAUUUAUAUCUGUGGUGUAGUGUGGGCACUUGCCAUAACUGGAUUUUUAACUAUGAUUAUUUCAACAAUUAAAAAAGGAGGACAUAAUUCUACGAUGUGCUUUCAUUAUAGGGAUAAGCAUAACGCAAAGGGGGAAGCAAUUUUUAACUACAUCAUAGUAAUAAUGUUUUGGUUAGUUUUCCUUCUACUAAUCCUUUCAUAUAUUAAGAUUGCCAAUUAUCUUUUGAAGAUUUCAAAAAAGAGAGUCAAUUUCCCCAAUUCUGGGAAAUUCCAUACCACAGCACGGAAUUCCUUUAUUGUACUUAUUAUUUUUACUAUAUGCUUUGUUCCUUAUCAUGGUUUUAGAUUCAUUUAUAUUACAUCCCAACUAAACACAACACCUUGUUACUGGAAAGAGAUUUUCCACAAAAUCAAUGAGAUCAUGCUUGUACUCUCAUCUUUUAACAGCUGCUUGGAUCCAGUCAUGUAUUUUCUAAUGUCCAGCAAUAUCCGCAAAAUUAUAUACCAACUUCUUUCAAGAAGAUUUCAAGGGGAAUCAAGCAGAAGUGAAAGUACUUCAGAAUUUAGAGCAGGCCAUUCUCUGCAUGAUACUUCUGUAAGUGUUAAAAUUCAAUCAACCUUUAAGAGUACUCUGAGAUGA